CUGUUCCUUGUUUGUUCUUUCUGUUUCCCUUAAUGGCCCUUUACUUUGCUCAUGGAGAAGAUGAGUUGCCAUCUAAUUGUACGAAGGAAUUCUCCUGUGGAAAUAUAGGCUAUCUGGAGUUCCCUUUUGCUAAACACACGCAAGCUGGUUGUGGUUUAGUGGCAGUAAAUUGUGAUACAACACCUCCAAAAAUCCAGUUGGAAAAGGGGGAAGAUUGGUAUCACCUUCAGAAGGUGAUUUUUAAAGGAUGGGAUGGCUAUACAAUCAUUGUUGAAGACUCAAAGCUCCGGAGACUCUUUGAGAGACGUAAUUGCAAAAUCAUAAACUACAGCAUCCAAUUUCGGAGUUCUCCUUCUAUCACACUCCGCAAUUCGGAGCCAUACGAUUUCAGCACCUUUUUAAAAUGCAAUCACAGUGAAGCUGAUGAUGAUAUCUGCGGUUAUGAAAGGUAUAACCACUGUACUGAAGGUUACAGUUUGUACUAUAAACGUCCAUUGAUUAAAGAGGAUCCCGCAUGUAUUCCUGAUAGCUGUAUCCCGUUUCCAACUCCAAUUUUUAUUGAUCAAACAAAUGAUACUUUAAUUGCUGGACUUGGACUGAAAUUAGAAGUCUCAAAUGCGUGCUAUAUGUGUUACUUUGGAGGAGGGCAAUGUUGGGCAGAUAGCAACAAUGAAUUUCAAUGUAAAAAAGGGAAGAGCAAGCAGAAACUGAUUCUAAUCACAGUACUUUCAGGUGGUUUAGCACUUAUCCUUGUAAUCUUGGCUAUCUUUCUUGUUUGGCAACGCAAGAAAGGAAGGAAAGGCUAUUCGAGAAAUACAUCUUCGGAUCCUGCCUCAGACCUUGAGAGGGGCCGUAGUAAGCUCUUUGGAAUUCUAGUCUUCUCCUACUCCGAACUUGAAGAAGCCACAAACAAUUUUCAUCCUUCUAAAGAACUUGGGGAUGGAGGUUUUGGCACUGUUUACUAUGGGAUACUUGGGGAUGGAAGAGAAGUUGCUGUGAAGCGCCUUCAUGAAUUCAACUGCAAGAGAAUGGAGCAGUUUGCAAAUGAAAUCUCAAUUCUCACCCGGUUAAAGCACCGAAAUCUUGUUACACUAUAUGGGUGUUCAACAAGGCAUAACCAACUCCUCCUUGUGUAUGAAUACGUUCCUAAUGGAACAGUUGCAAAUCAUCUCCAUGGAAAAAGAGCAGCAGAUGGACUGCUCACAUGGCCCACCCGCAUGAAGAUUGCAGUGGAAACUGCUGCAGCGUUGGUUUAUCUCCAUGCCUCAGGCAUAAUACAUCGUGAUGUGAAGACUAGUAACAUUCUUCUUGAUAACAAUUUCUGUGUCAAAGUUGCAGAUUUUGGGCUCUCAAGACCCUUCCCUGCAAAUGCCACUCAUACCACCACUACACCUCAAGGAACACCUGGAUAUGUUGAUCCAGAUUAUCACGAGUGUUAUCAGCUCACUUAUAAGAGUGAUGUUUAUAGCUUCGGGGUUGUUCUUAUUGAACUCGUAUCAUCAAUGCCUGCUGUGGACAUACGUAGGCAUACACACGAGAUCAAUUUGGCAAAACUAGCAACGAACAAGAUUUUAACUGGAGCAUUUGAUGAACUCAUUGAUUCCUCUCUGGGAUAUGAUAUGGAUACUGAAAUCAAGAGAAUGACCACAUCAGUGGCAGAGCUAGCUUUUCAAUGCUUGCAACUUGACAAGGAUAUGAGGCCUACAAUGGAACAUGUAUUGGAGUCGCUGAAGGAGAUUCAAGGCAAUGAGUCGAACAAUGGGGACAAAAGGGCGAAUGGUGAGGAAACUAAUGUAUCUAAAGAAGAGGAGGUGCAACAAAAAGCAAUGCGCUGGACAUGGGUUGGUCCCUCACUUGCAGCAAACAGGAAUUUGAAGCAUGCUGCAGCUACGAAGAACAGCUGUUGAAGUCACUGGAAUUGGCGAUU